CCAAAAACUUUCGGCAAAAUUCAAUUUGUGGUAGUGGUUUUCUGGAUCGUGAUUGGUGUCAUCUUCCUUGCUAUAUUCGCCGACAUGGAAAACAGCGAACCCAGGUUUGAUUUCCGCUGUAGCGCAGCAGAAAGUAAAAACAUCCACCUCGUGCAGGGAGAAUGUUACGGGAAAUACCAGGAGCAGUACAACAAAUUCGCUUUGCCUGUCUAUGGCUUCGUAAUCAUGAAUUUCGUCCUUAUUAUAUUUGUAUGUGUUAUCUACUCCCGAAUAGUAAGAACUACAGUCAAUCGACUGUCGCGAAGCAUUCGCAACGGUGAUCCAGAGAGACAGUCGCACGAUCAAGAGAGCGCAUUAUCAACGGGAAAGAAGCUUUUUAUCGCUUACUGCUGUCAACUAUCCACAAGACUUGUUUUAGGAGUUGUUUUCAUCAUCCUACAAACUCAGUUGCUUUAUCCUUUGAAGUUUUCUUCAAAGUUUCACUGUUAUUUAACCACCGAUGGAACCACUCAGCCGGGGUAUUCAUCUGACAACGCCCAACACUCUACUUCACACGACUGUUAUAAUCAACGAGCGGUAAAAAAAGCCGCCUGGAUGGACGCUGUCCUUGUGGUAAAUGGAAUUUUUGUCGUCGGCAUUCUGAUUGAAAUCGUCUACAUUUUUAUAAAAGCAUGCAAAGAAAGGGAAUUUAUGCAAAACUCAAGGUUUCAAACGUCUCUUCUGAAUCCUCCCGAAGAAUCUCAACAGCAAGAAGCAUUACCGCUUCAGGAAUUCAUCCAGAAUACAAAGAAAAUGAUUAUGGACGACACUUAUCGACCCCCACAACUUCAGUCGCUUUUUCAAAGUCCUCUUGGCAAAGGACACCCACCCAAACAUUUGACUCUGGAUCAAAUUUACACAAACCUUGUUGUUGUACCUGACAUGGCUGAUUAUGACUUUACUGAAGACAGACGGAAGAAUUUGGAAAUCUACGCCAGGUCGGGUGUUAAAAACGAAACACCGAGAGGGCCAGAGGACAUUCUUAAUCACGAAAACAAAAACAUUUUGAUCGUCGGUCGUCCCGGAAUCGGAAAGACUCUUUGUUGUACAAAAAUUCUCAGAGACUGGGCAUCUAACAAAGUAUUCCAUAAAACACGCGAUGACAAAAUCCACUUUGAUGCUGCUUUCUUCGUCAAAUUCAGAUUAUUCAACGCUGCAACCGACCUUAGCCUUCGAGAGCUACUGACCCGCUCCACAUACUCACCCGAGCUGGAUGAGAAAGUCUGGAAUUACAUCCUAAAAAACCCGCAGAAAGUUCUCCUUAUUUUCGAUGGAAUUGAUGAAUUCAAAGAUAACUCAAAGAUCGGCACGGAAAAUAAGAAACCUCAAUUCAAAAACAGCGUAGACGAGAAGAUGCCCCUCUCGGCUCUUUAUGCCAAACUAACGACUGGAAUACUUCUCAAAGGGGCAGCAGUUUUAACUACAACAAGACCUACAGCUCUGUCAUGCAUCGAAAGUAUUCGUUUUGACAAAAUAUUUGAGAUCCUUGGCUUUUCAUCCGAACAAGUCGAAGAAUAUGUAACCAAAUUUGCUGAAGAAGACAAGGAAGCAGGCGACGCAGUAAAGCGUCACAUCACCAGCAACAUCAAUAUCUUAUCUCUAUGUUACAUUCCUGCGAGCUGCUUCAUCAUUUGCUCAAGUCUCUUUAAAAUGGUGAAGUUCCAUGCUUCUAAACGUCUUAACCUACCAACAAGUUUAACAGGUAUAUACAAGAGAGCCGUGAAAAUUUUCUACUUGAGACACAACGAAGAAUUUCGCUAUGAACCUUUCACUCGCAAAGACUUUGAAUCAGAUGAAUUGCCGCCCGAAGAGGAAAAAAAAUUGGAGAAACUAGAAAACUUGGCAUUUGAAGGAAUUAAAGAAGGAAGGCUGAUCUUUGGAGCAAACGAAGUACGCGGAAUGGAGGACAGCGCUCUAUUUCACCGCUUACCCGACCGUGAAGUUGACUCGUUUAGUAGCGAAGGACAGUUCUGUUUUAUUCAUCUCACAAUGCAGGAGUUUUUCGCUGCGAAGCACCUAACUAACAUGAGUGAAACAGAAUUAAAAACCUUCGUUCAAAUGAACAUUAAGAAAGGCAAAUGGCAGCUGGUUUUUCAGUUUGUAGCAGGAUUAAUGGAGAAUAAAACUCACCUACCAAGCGAAAUUAUCACGGACCUUCUUCCUGUGAAAACUGAAGAAAAAGAAGGCGGACGCUACAACUUACAGUGGCCAGAGAAUAAAGAGAAAACGAAAGUGACCUGCUGGCCGACUUCUGACGAACGAUAUUUAGCAGUGACAUUAAUGAAAUGUUUAAACGAAAAUAGUAGAAUGAAGUCAGAAGCACAGAGAAAACUUCAACAAAUUAACUUUAAUUGUGUAAAUUUUAUUUUUUGUCACCUCACAGCUGUUGAUUACUCUUCGUUAGUAAAUGUAAUUAAUGUUCAACAAAUUUCACAUUUAGAUUUGAGUUACAAUUUCUUUGGUCCAUUAGGUUGUAAGGAGAUUUGUAAAUUGUUAAAAUGUAGGGAAUCUCAACUGAGCUGGUUAGACCUCACAGGAAAUCAAUUGACAGAUGAAGCAGCAAAGUAUUUAGCUGAAGCCAUCAACAACAACAACUGUCAGCUACGCAUGUUAUACCUCAUACAAAAUAACAUCUCAGACAUUGGAGCACAGCACUUGGCUGAAGCCAUCAACAACAACAACAACUGUCAGCUACGCGCGUUGUUCCUCUCAGCAAAUAACACCACAGAAGCAGGUGAGCAAAAGGCACGUAAUUUACUAAGCAAUAGUCAGUCUAAGUGUAAGCUAAUUUUUUAG